CUGAAGCAAGAGGAGCAUCAAUAUGUUUGGAAAACUGACGAAAGUAAUGCUUCUGGUGCAAUUAUUUUUGAGAUGUGAAAGCGCAGCAAAGACAUCACAGUUCGUGCGAGUGUCUAACGCGAUACAAAUGCCAUAUGUGGCGAUGUCGAGCUUAUCUGUCAGGGAAUUCUUUGAUUGCGCUGCGCUUUGUCGUGACGACUGUUUCUUUUUGAAGUAUGAGGACAGUGGAUCGGGCUCAGGCACAUGUGACCUGUACAAUCUAAGAGACGCGAACUCGGCACAGCUUAAAUUCGUGAAUGGUUCAAAUCUGUACAAAAAGGUCUAUCCCCCCGCCGAUAUUUUUAUUGGAAUCUUGGAAGAAAAAACAUGGGGCGAUGCGAGAGACUUCUGUCAGAGUCUGGGAAGCAACUUAGCCAUCGCUGACAGCACCGCCAAGGUGGAGAGAAUGUACGGCCUGAUAGGAAGUGUCCCAAGAUUCUGGGUAGGAGGCAAGCUAAAUGGGAUAACCUGGAACUGGCUAAACGGGGCGGUCGUUACGCCCACUCCUAGGUACGAUGGCGACGGAGCGUGUCUUGAGGUGUGGUAUAGACUGUUGACCGAUUGGAAUUGCAAUUUAAACUUAGCGUCAUUUUGUGAAUAUUAGCUUUUAAAACAAGUUUCGAACGCGUGCAAAACAUGACAAUGUGUUAUUGUAAUGAUCAAUCUCAAAAUAAGUUUACUAUAACUUAAUUCUGGUUAUUUUCAAAUAAA